AUGGCCAUGUUACGUGUCCUAUUAGCUAUCCAUUUGUUCCUCUUCUGCUGUUACGAUUUUAAACGUCCCUCCUAUGGUUCCUUUUUGGGCCUAAAAAAUAUUCACAGGGGGGCCACACACACCAGCAGAUCAUUAGUGGGGGAUAGCAACGGUGGAAAUGGUGGUGGUGGAAGUGGUAGUGAAAGUAGUGGAAGUGGUAGUGAAAGUAGUGGAAGUGAUGAUAAAACAGUUAGUGGCACACAGCAAUCAGAGAAUGUAGGAGAGGGUGGUUCAACCGCCAAUCAGAGAACUGACUCUAAUUCUGAGGAGAAGAAAAAUAGUGAGAAUGAAGAAGAAAAGCCAAAACCUAACGAAAAUGGUGAGCAAAAUGAUAGUAAUACCGAUGCAGCAACUUCGACGGAAGGAGAAUCGCAGAUUUCAACCCCUGAAACUGGAAAUCCGGGUAAUAAUGCGAGUGAAAAGCAAGAUGAAGGGCAAGGAACAGGUGAAAUAAAAACUGAAAAUCUACCUGAAAGCGGAGGUAGUCAAGAUGACAAAAAUUUGGAAUCUAAAAGUAAUGAAGUAGAAAUAUCUAAGCAUGAUCCACCAGGUGCUGUAAAAACAGAAGACGGAAAAGGUUCGCAAGAAGGAGAAACAACACAAAAUGAAGCGACAUCAACAGAAAGUAAAAACACUGACGGAAGUGCCAUAGAAAACACAGGAGAAAACGGUGCUGAUGGAAAUAAACUUCACUUAGAUAAUUUGGAUGAUGAUAUCCCACAUUACAGUGCCUUAAGGAACAACCGUGUAGAGAAGGGAAUAACAGAUACAAUGGUUCUAAGUGACAUUAUGGGAAAUAAGGGACAAAAAUCAUGUUCAGUUAAUAAUGGUGGAUGUUCUGAAGAUCAAAUAUGCAUAAGAAUUGGCAACGUUGGAGUUAAGUGUGUUUGUAAAGAAGGGUUUUUAUUUGCAGGUAGAUGUAUUUUGACUACAUCGUCAUCCGCAUUUAGUUCAUUUAUUUCUCUCAGCCUUUCCAUCCUUUUAACCAUGCUCUUAUUGGGCUAG